CAUUGCGCAGGUCGGACGCAUUUCGGCGCUGCGCUGCUGCUGCUGCUGGCGCGGGUCAUUCUGGGAUGUGUGAUGAAUGAGGAGGUGUUGUCCAGUGUGCUGAGUUCGUCUGUAAAUACAUAUAUUUUUGAGACCAACUGGUCAUAGGGCUCAUUUGGAAGCUUGCACAAUAACUCGCUGGUGCUGAGGGCAGCUGCUCUUCUUCUUCUUCAUCUUCAUCAUGUACGCGGUGUACCGUCAGGCUCAUCCGCCCACUGCUGUGGAGUUCGCCGUGUACUGCAACUUCAUCUCCAGCCAAGAGAAGAACCUGGUGGUGGCAGCAACCUCUCAGCUGUAUGUCUACAGGAUCAUCUAUGAUGUGGAGAGCACUUCCAAAUCAGAAAAGUCAUCAGAUGGCAAGAGCCGUAAAGAGAAGCUGGAGCAGGUGGCGUCCUUCUCUCUCUUUGGAAAUGUGAUGUCCAUGGCCAGCGUUCAGCUCGCGGGCACCAACAGAGACGCCUUGCUCCUCAGCUUCAAAGAUGCCAAGCUCUCAGUUGUGGAGUAUGAUCCAGGCACGCAUGAUCUCAAGACGCUGUCGCUGCACUAUUUCGAGGAGCCGGAGCUGAGAGAAGGGUUUGUUCAGAAUGUGCACAUCCCCAUGGUGCGUGUGGACCCAGAGAACCGCUGCGCUGUCAUGCUGGUGUACGGCACGUGUCUGGUGGUUCUGCCCUUCAGGAAGGACACGCUGACCGAUGAACAAGAAGGCAUUGUGGGAGAAGGGCAGAAAUCUAGUUUCCUCCCCAGUUACAUCAUUGAUGUUCGUGAACUGGAUGAGAAGCUCCUAAACAUCAUUGAUAUGAAGUUUCUCCACGGUUACUAUGAACCCACACUGCUUAUUCUGUUUGAGCCCAAUCAGACGUGGCCAGGGCGUGUGGCAGUGCGUCAGGACACGUGCAGUAUCGUGGCCAUCUCUCUAAACAUCAUGCAGAAGGUUCAUCCCGUCAUCUGGUCUCUCAGUAACCUGCCCUUCGACUGCACUCAGGCCAUGGCUGUGCCCAAACCCAUCGGUGGAGUUGUGGUGUUCGCUGUGAAUUCAUUGCUGUAUCUAAACCAGAGCGUUCCUCCGUUCGGAGUGUCACUCAACAGUCAGACCAGCGGCACCACAGCUUUCCCCUUGAGGCCACAGGAGGAAGUGAAGAUCACGCUGGACUGUUCUCAAGCAUCCUUCAUCACUUCAGAUAAGAUGGUCAUCUCACUAAAAGGAGGAGAAAUCUACGUGUUGACGCUCAUCACAGAUGGCAUGAGGAGCGUGCGGGCGUUUCACUUCGAUAAGGCUGCUGCCAGCGUCCUGAGCACCUGUAUGACGACCAUGGAGGCCGGUUAUCUGUUCUUGGGCUCUCGUCUGGGCAACUCACUGCUGCUCAGGUACACUGAGAAACUCCAGGAAACACCAAUGGAAGAGGGCAGAGAGAACGAGGAGAAAGAGAAACAGGAGGAGCCUCCGAAUAAGAAAAAGCGAGUGGAUUCCGUGGCUAACUGGUUUCAGACUAACCCAGAGCCGGAUCUGGAGGUGGUGGUGUGCUCGGGAUUCGGCAAGAACGGAGCUCUCUCUGUACUGCAGAAAAGCAUCAGACCGCAGGUGGUCACAACGUUUGAACUUCCUGGAUGCCAUGACAUGUGGACAGUCAUUUACUGUGAGGAGAAACCUGAGAAGUCUCCACCAGAGGGCGAUAGUGAGGGUCCUGAGGAGGAGAAGCAGGAGCAAACAGUGGAGGAUGACAAGAACAAACACGGCUUCCUCAUCCUCAGCAGAGAGGACUCCACUAUGAUCCUGCAGACAGGUCAGGAGAUUAUGGAGCUGGACACCAGUGGUUUCGCCACGCAGGGUCCCACUGUGUAUGCGGGCAACAUCGGAGACAAUAAAUACAUCAUCCAGGUGUCUCCUGUGGGCAUCAGACUGCUAGAGGGAGUGACGCAGCUCCACUUUAUCCCUGUGGACCUGGGCUCUCCCAUAGUGCACUGCUCUGUGGCCGAUCCCUACGUGGUCAUCAUGACAGCAGAGGGAGUGGUCACCAUGUUUGUGCUAAAGAGUGAAUCGUACAUGGGGAAGAGCCACCGCCUGGCACUGCAGAAACCACAGAUCCACACGCAAUCCCGUGUGAUUACGUUAUGUGCGUACCGUGACGUCAGUGGCAUGUUCACCACUGAGAACAAGGUCAGCUUCCUGGCCAAAGAGGAAACGUCCAUCAGAACCCAGUCAGAGUCAGAGAGCAUCAUCCAGGACAUAGGUAAUGCGUUGGAUGAUGAGGAGGAGAUGCUGUAUGGGGAGUCGAAUCCUCUGAGCAGCCCCAGUAAAGAGGAGCCCAGCCGCGUCUCUGCAGCACUGAGCUCCACUCAGACAGGAAGACAGGGCAGACAGGAGCCGUCACACUGGUGCCUGCUGGUCAGAGAGAACGGAGUCAUGGAGAUCUACCAGCUUCCUGACUGGCGCCUGGUUUUCCUGGUGAAAAACUUCCCUGUUGGUCAGCGUGUUUUGGUCGACAGCUCUGCUAGCCAGUUGGCUACUCAAGGCAAGCUCAAAAAGGAGGAAGUGAUGAGGCAGGGAGAAAUCCCAUUGGUCAAAGAAGUUGCUCUCGUGUCUUUAGGCUACAACCACAGCCGUCCUUACCUGCUGGCACAUGUUGAUCAAGAGCUUCUCAUCUAUGAGGCCUUUCCAUACGACCAGCAGCAGGCUCAGAGCAACCUGAAAGUGCGCUUCAAGAAGAUGCCUCAUAACAUUAACUUCAGAGAGAAGAAGUCCAAAAUGAGGAAGGACAAGAAGCCCGAGGGUCAGGGAGAGGAGACUGUGGGGGUCAGGGGUCGAGUGGCCAGAUUCAGAUACUUCCAGGACAUCUCAGGAUACUCAGGGGUGUUUAUCUGCGGGCCGUCUCCUCACUGGAUGCUGGUGACGUCUCGAGGGGCGAUGCGGCUCCACCCCAUGACUAUAGACGGCGCCAUCGAGUCCUUCUCUCCCUUUCACAAUAUCAACUGCCCUAAAGGAUUCCUCUACUUCAACAAACAGGGCGAGCUGAGGAUCAGUGUGUUACCCACAUAUCUCUCAUACGACGCUCCCUGGCCUGUCCGCAAGAUCCCACUCAGGUGUACCAUCCACUAUGUGUCGUACCAUGUGGAAUCCAAGGUGUAUGCGGUGUGCAGCAGUGUUAAAGAGCAGUGCACACGCAUCCCCAGAAUGACCGGCGAGGAGAAGGAGUUUGAGACCAUCGAGAGAGAUGAGCGGUACAUACACCCUCAGCAGGAGAGCUUCUCCAUCCAGCUCAUCUCUCCGGUCAGCUGGGAGGCCAUCCCAAACACACGCAUUGAUCUGGAGGAGUGGGAGCAUGUGACAUGUAUGAAGACAGUGGCUCUGAAGAGUCAGGAGACUGUGUCAGGGCUGAAGGGAUAUGUGGCUUUGGGCACGUGCCUCAUGCAGGGAGAGGAGGUCACCUGUAGGGGCAGAAUCCUGAUUCUGGAUGUGAUUGAGGUGGUGCCAGAGCCCGGUCAGCCCCUCACUAAGAACAAGUUUAAAGUGCUGUAUGAGAAGGAGCAGAAGGGGCCCGUCACGGCUCUCUGUCACUGCAGUGGAUACCUGGUGUCUGCCAUCGGACAGAAGAUCUUCUUGUGGAGUCUGAAGGAUAAUGAUCUGACCGGCAUGGCCUUCAUCGACACACAGCUCUACAUCCAUCAGAUGCACAGCAUCAAGAACUUCAUCCUCGCCGCUGAUGUGAUGAAGAGCAUCUCUCUGCUGCGCUACCAGGAAGAGAGCAAGACGCUCUCGCUCAUCAGCAGGGAUGCAAAGCCCUUGGAGGUUUACAGCGUAGAGUUUAUGGUGGACAACAACCAGCUUGGCUUCCUGGUUUCAGACCGAGACAAAAACCUGUCCGUCUACAUGUACCUGCCAGAAGCCAAAGAGAGUUUCGGAGGCAUGCGUUUGCUGCGGAGAGCCGAUUUUAACGCUGGUGCUCAUGUGAACGCCUUCUGGAGGAUGCCGUGCCGCGGCACUCUGGACCCCGCCAGCAAGAAGGCGCUCACCUGGGACAACAAACACAUCACGUGGUUCGCUACGCUGGACGGUGGCGUCGGCCUGCUUCUGCCCAUGCAGGAGAAGACGUACCGCAGACUGCUGAUGCUGCAGAACGCCCUCACCACCAUGCUGCCGCAUCACGCGGGGCUCAACCCAAAGGCCUUCAGGAUGCUGCACUGUGACCGGCGGACGCUGCAGAACGCGGUGAGGAACAUCCUGGAUGGAGAGCUGCUGAACAAGUACCUGUACCUCAGCACCAUGGAGCGAAGUGAACUGGCCAAGAAGAUCGGCACAACCGCAGACAUUAUCUUGGAUGAUCUUCUGGAGGUUGAGAGAGUAACUGCUCACUUCUGAAGAGCUGCUGCUCGCACUCGGUGUAUUUGCUCACCUGAUGAUCCUCCGUUUUGUAUUUCAAUGUUUUGAUAGAAAAUGUAGAAACUACAAAGUCAUGCUGUUUUUUUGUUGACAGUAAGAAGGAAAUGCAAUAAAGGGUGUUACAUUUCUUAGAAUAUUUUGUAAAAAAAAAUAUUGAAUGUGUAUUGCAUGUUGACAUCCAGAACAAACAUGGUGAUACUCUAAUGCAUUCAGUGUCAUUAUUCUUUACGUCUGUCACAGAUCGUUCUCUGAGUGCAGCAGGACACAACUAGAGAGAAGCCGUUUUCUCUCACGCUUUCCUGAUCAAAACACUGAACUGUCACAAGAAUAACACUGUAAUCCAUAAACCAUGUCAUUGUUUUGGCAGUGCUCAUAAGGGAAGCGUGAGAGAGACAUGGUUUGGUUUUUCUUGUUUGUUUUCUGCAUAAAAUAGUGACAGACCGUUUCUUCUGUAUUUUGAUUUAAGCGAGUGUAAGUUUAUU